UAAACUUUGCGGAUCGGGGUGUGGAUUUGUAUGUAAAGGUGUGCAGGAUCGAUCUUUUUUAUUUAAAAAAAAAGUCGUAUUUGUUAGUCUUAUCAGCGUAAAUGGUUUCUAAUUUUUCAUGUCAUUUGAUUCGUUUAUUUUUAGUGUGCCGUAUCUAGAAGGUUACGGAUUUAUUUUAUGGGUGAUAAAUUUUAAUUGCUACCUAUUUGUACGGAACCCUUAUUUAUCGUGACACUGACUCUCACUGGAACGAUUUUUUUUAAACAUAUCCUCAUUGUCAUCGUCACAACAAUCUGACCUUCUUAUUAAAUAACAUUCAGCACUAAAAUUUCACAUUUUUGCGCGCACGAAAUGUAAACACGGGUUUCCGUGCUCCCGCGCAUACGAAACGGAUCUCUGAAAAAAAAAACACAACGGUAGCGUAAAAUGUAACGAAUCGACGGGCGCGCCGCCAGUCACUCUUGCGCAUUCGAACCGCGAGAUGCCGCGCUGAGCCAAUCGGGAGCGAUUCCAAAUUUGAGAAUUUUGUUUAAAAUUUCUAUUGUUUUUCUUAUUUGAACAAUGGCUGUCCGAACGAUAGGACGCAUGGUCGACUAUGUAAAGUCAAAUAGAAAAAUAAGGUUCGUGCUCGCCUCCGCGGUGGUGCUGCUGCUGCUCGGGAUCGUCUGUGCCAUAUUCUUCGGAGCAUGGGUCCGCAUGUUCAUCGACCAUGAGCUGGUCCUCCGACCAGGGUCCAUGACCUUCGAGUGGUGGGCCCGACCCCCCGUGAGGCCCUUCGUCAGGGUCUACGUGUACAACGUAACGAAUGCCGACGAGUUCCUCAACAAUGGGUCCAAACCUAUUCUGGAUGAACUGGGUCCUUAUGUCUACUCGGAAGAAUGGGAGAAAGUCAACAUAACAGACAACGAGAACGGAACCCUGUCCUUCCAUUACAAAAGAACGUACACCUUCCAACCAGACAUGAGCAAGGGAAUGGACGAUGACGUCGUCGUGGUGCCCAACAUACCCAUGCUGAGUGCAACGUCCCAAUCGAAACACGCCGCCCGCUUCCUCCGUCUCGCGAUGGCAUCCAUCAUGGACAUCCUGAAGAUCAAACCCUUCGUUGCUGUGUCCGUGGGUCAGCUGCUCUGGGGCUACGAGGACCCACUCCUCAAACUGGCCAAGGAUGUGGUGCCGAAAGAACAGAAGCUGCCGUACGAGGAGUUCGGACUGUUUUAUGGGAAAAACGGUACCAGCCCAGACAUAGUGACGAUGUUCACUGGCGCCACAGCCAUGACCGACUACGGCAUCAUCAGCCGGUACAACAUGAGGGACAAACUCCAACACUGGACUACGGACGAGUGCAACAGCAUCGCCGGCUCAGAUGGAUCCAUCUUCCCCCCUCACAUCUCCAAGAAUGAUACUCUAGCAGUCUAUGAUAAGGAUCUCUGUCGACUGCUGCCUCUGAAGUUCUUGGAGGAAGUUGAGUCGGUGGGUAUCCAAGGCUUCAGGUUCACCCCGCCUGAGGAUGUGUUUUCCAAUGAUGAGCAUAACCGUUGUUUCUGUCCUGCCGGCCCUCCGUGCGCGCCCAACGGACUCUUCAACGUUUCCUUAUGCCAAUAUGACUCUCCCAUCAUGCUGUCGUUCCCCCACUUCUACUUGGCUGACCCCAGUCUGCGAGAGAAGGUGGAGGGGAUCUCCCCCCCUGUGCCUGAAGAACACAGACUCUUCAUCGACGUGCAGCCGGAGAUGGGUAUAGCGAUGCGAGCCCGCGCCAGGAUACAGAUCAACCUCGCCGUGUCCCAAGUGGUGGACAUCAAGCAGGUCGCCAACUUCCCUGAUAUCGUGUUCCCUAUUCUAUGGUUCGAGGAGGGCAUAGACGAGCUCCCGCAGCAGGUGACGUCCCUGCUGCGGCUGGCCACGCAGGUGCCGCCGGUGGCGCGCGCCGCGCUGGGCUGGGGGCUGUCCGCGCUCGGCAUCCUGCUCAUCCUGCUCGCGGUCACGUGUCUCAUACGGUCGUCCCACCGUCAAAGCACUCUUCGACUCGAGGGUCACGUGGUGGCGAAGCCUCCUCCCGCCAAGACCCCCAGCAAAGAAAACGGCUACGAGCUCAACAGUAGGAGAUAGUGUACUAUUAACUAUUUAAUUAACACAAUUUCUGAUUAGCUUCAGCGGUUUUUGGGGGUUAAUCUCACAAUGUAAUACGUAAAUACCUAGUAUUUGUGUCAAAAGAUAGGUUUUUUAAGAAACUUAAGUGUUGGGUAUGAAGGCUAGGUGUCCAAGAGAUUGGUCGAUCCCUGAAUGAAGGAUAGCUUUUCAGAAAUUGUUCAUACUGUCUUGAGACUAUAUUCUAAUAUUCGUUUGGCUAAAUCACUCAAUUUUGUUUUAUUUUUUCGUAAAACUGAUUAAAAGUUUUGGAAAGUGAUUUUCGCAUACGAAUAUUCAUAAUUUGUAGCUGAAAUACAUUCUAAUUAGUUUUUAUUUAGAAUAAUCAUUCUGUAGUCACAAAGUAUUUUUAAUCUAUAUAGCAGUUGUGUUGCCAGACCAAAAAAUAUUUCAAUGGCAAAUAAAGUCUUAAGGCAGUGAUUUGAAACCAUUGCUUGUUUUUUUUUGUUUAAUAUUUUGGUUUGAUAUUGCAAUUUAGGUACAAUGACAUUUUAUUUAAUAAUGAAACCCAGUUAAUCCAAUUAUAAUUAUCUAAUAUUCUUAGUCACAUUUAAUAAAUAUUUGCUUAACUUAUAGAUACUACUCAAAUAUCUAACUGGCUUUAUCUAUCCCGUUAGUAUCCAACUGACUAAAAAAUAUUAUUUGCGGUAUCCAAGCAAAAAUAUUAUCAUAAAAACACGAGCAAUGUCACAAGACAUCGAAUAGUUAAAAUAAUAUUUUUUUAACUUUAUAAUUUUUGGUAAUACGUUUAUUUUUCAAUUAAUAAGGCUGUUUAUAUUUAUGCAAUCAAUUGCUCAAUCGUAACGACUUUACAUUUAUAAAUGAUGGUUGUAAAUAUGUUAUUUUCCGAUACACAUACAUUCCAUAAUUUUAGUACUUUCUUAAAAGACCAAAUACAGACAGUUUUAAAGCUCUCUGCAAACGCACGACACGUUUUGUCGCAUGUUUUAGUCGCAUAUGUAUAAGCAGCCUUAUGUGUCUCAUUGUUUGACAUUUGUAAAUGACAAGAGCAUUUGAUUGUACCACCUUAUUUUUAAUUUGAGCGUUUUUACUUAAGUCUGUCAUCUUCUUAUCGUAUGGUUGAUGUACAACCUGGUGUCAGAGUGUAACCCGCCCGUAGUCCUCUGACGUGACGCAACACACACUUGAAACAUUCUCAGGUGUGUCGCGGCUCACGAUGUUUUCCUUCACCGUUUUAACAAGAGAAUUCAAAAAGACAUUGGUGCGUGAGAUUUGAAUCUAACUACCUUUGAAUUGGCUGUUGAACAGUCUUACCACUAAGCUAUCACUGCUAAGUGUUAAAAAGACUGAUAUAUGUCUCCUUGUCUUAGGUACGAACGCUCAGAAACUGUCUUAAGUGUCUGCAAAUGUGAUAAAAAUAUAUUCCAAGUUUUUAUAUUAGUAAAAUAUUGAACAAAUACUAUAAUUGAGAAACUACUUUUGUCGACAUCUCGUUUUGUUGACUGUCUGACUGUAUUUUUACUGUAAAUAUUGAUUGGAUGGGGGCUUGAGCAGGCUAUGAUAUCAAAACCAUUUUUUGAACAAAACUGCUGAAAAAAAUUUAGCGAAAAAUCAGCUAUUGAUUCUUAAACUUGUUAUAAAAGUAUCAUGCUCAUAUCAGAGCAGUAUCACGAAAUAUCCCACUGACUAAAUCUGGCUAAAAAUGGCUUUAAGCAUAUCAUAGCCUGUUACAAGCAACAUUUUAUUUUUAAUCCUAUGGGGCUUCGGGUUGCCAUUAAAAUCUUAUGUAUCGGUUAUAAAAAUAGAGGUGUUGUUGGGAAUGCAAUAUCGAUAAAAAUCGACUAAAUUAAUUAGUCGAUAACUAAACGAUUAUAGUUAGGUAACUAAAAAUGUAACUAUUUAAAUUUCUAUGUUUAAAUUUUUACUUAUUUCGUUUUAUUCGCGAAACAGUAAAAUAUCGAUUGAGAUUUAGUUUUUAUCGAUUCAUUUGAUAUAAAAUAAAUAUAUUUUUUAUAUAAAAAGUAAUUUACCGAUAGCUACUAGUCUAUUACUCGUGGGUCCGUCCAACAGAUUCCUUAGCUUAAUAUAUUUUUUACCAAUUUCAGAUUAGGAGCGGUUUUUUUUAUGUAUAAGUAAUUUUACCUGGGACUAUAGUCUACCUUUAAAAUUAUCAGCGCCCUCUAGACGAUCGAUGUUGAUUGCGCAAUAUAACUUGUGCAUUAUUAUUGGCCCUACUUACUUAAUGAUAGUUUUCGAGUUACAUUUUUUCUUGCACAAUAGCAUUGAGCGUCUAGGGGCCGCCUUUCGAAAAACCAGUUUUUCUAACCUGGUUUAUAAUAUGCGGUUACUAGGGGUCAAAAUGUAUCCUUGUAAAAUGUAAAAGAACAAUUAUUAAUUAUAAUUACACCCUCAGAAAACGAUUAUUUUAAUUAGAUGAUAUAGAAAUCUAUUUUAUAAUAUGUAGGGAAAGAAAAUGUGGCAACUUUUUUAUUGAUUGAGGAUUUAAUGUAUUUUAGAAGGGUCACACUGCGUCUGGGUCUUUAUAAUAGGAUGUUAUUUAAAUUACCCUUAAAGGACCUUGAUUCAAUGCAGUGUGACCCUCUUCUACCCAAAAGAGUCGAGGAAAAUGGUGCUUAAAACCACACGUCCACACAACCCACCACUCGCCCGAUGUCUGUCACCACAUCACACUCACAACUCUCACACAGGUCGCUCGUCACUCGUCACUCAACUAUUUCUAAUUAGUUUCGUCCAGUACCGUGAGGAAACACUUCCGCGUUAACGUUGACCUUGAGAGGUACAAUCAGAAUGCAGUUCCCCGCUUCGUACUCCUCAGAUAGUUGACAGAAUUGUUUAGAAGUCGCACUGAGUAUUAAGCGCCUAUGGGUUGUAUGGUCGUUGUUAAAUCCAUAUAAUGAAACGUCACUUACUUUUAAGUCGCUGUAAAUUCUCACAUCUGUCACUUAUAAAGUAUACAGACAUUUGAGAACGUCUCAAAAGUGAGUGUUGUUCCAAUAUUUGGUGCUAAAAGUUUUAAACUUUGAAAAUGGCUCGAAAUGUACUCUACCUAUUAUUAAUAAAGGAUGCAUUGUGAUCUGAGGGCAUACUUGCACUUAAAGUGAUGUUACAGGACUUGUGUAAAAGAGACGGCGAUAUGCGAAUUGUAGCGUGCUAUCUUGCUUACACACCUACAAUAAAACUAUUUUAAAAUGAGUCGGUAUGUCUAUUGUAUCCUUUUAAAUCUUAGAUUUGAUAUUUUUCACUGUUUAGGUGAAGUUUAAGCAUGUUGUUGCUUGGGGCCAGACACUCUCGGACUUAAGUCUAAUACGCAUGUUAAAAUCCUCUAUAAUUUUGCAUGGCCGGAGUCCAAUUUGAAGGAACUGAUUUAUGUCUUCCAUAUAAUUAUAAAUUAGGGAGCAAUUGAUUUUAAAAACGACAUGAAAUGUCUAAAAUACUUAAUCCUUGUUAUGAAAUAUUGUUCUUGUUAAAAAUGUACUUAAUUUUUUUAUUAAAUUGAAUUGAAUGGAAUUUUUAUUUUUCGGUUUUUGUAUCUUUUAUUCUAAUAUGACAUUGUAAUUGAGAAAUAUGACUACUUAUUUAAUUUUGUUUUUAUUUUUUUACUUACAACAUGGCUUUUGACAUUUGUUAAAUAAUCUUGAAUCUUGAUGCAUAGUUUUGACAGCUGUUUGUCAAAUGGAAUAUUUCGUAAAAAAUAUUUUGUUUGACAUUUUGACAAUUUGGUAAAUCACUCACUUUCUUGCAACGUCUAUUAAAAGAGGACAAAAUAUAUCUGUUGUCUUGUCUAUUUACUAUCUACAUAAACUCGUUAUUUUUUUGUGGUUCAAAACAGUUGAAAUUGCAUCAAGAAUCUAGAUGAAAUUGGAUAUGACUUAAAAAUGAACUAAAACAUAAUUUUUAAAUAAACUUUACUUUGAAAUUG